GCCCCCCCAUUCGUCCCCACACCCAGUAUAAAUUUGAGCGCGAAGCGCCACACGGGAUGCCGAGUUCACUCAGAAGAGAGAAGGUGAUCAGUUUUAGGCCGAACGGGACCGAUUACAUCUGCAAAAAUGGUCGAGGCUUUCUGCGCAACAUGGAAACUGGUGGAGAGUAAGAACUUCGACGAAUACAUGGAGGCAAUAGGAAUUCCUUUUGCCACAAGACAAGUGGGAAAUGUUACCAAAACAACAGUAAUGAUCAGCGCGGAUGAGGAUACCGUGAUGCUGAAAACCCUGAGCACGUUCAGGAAUACCGAGUGUGUGGCGAAACUCGGAGAGGAGUUUGACGAGAUUACACCUGACGACCGACAAGUAAAGUCUACCUUUACCAUGGAGGGAGACAAAUUGGUGCAUACACAGAAGUGGGAUGGGAAAGAGACCAGAUUGAUUAGAGAAAUCAAGAAUGGAAAGAUGGUGAUGACGUUAACCUUUGAGGGAGUCACAGCGGUCCGCACAUAUGAGAAGGUGGAGAGGAGGACAUCAUUUAUGUCCUUAUCCAUAGCCAUCACCAAGGACAGUUCCCACCCUGGCUUCCCCAUGUUUGUCCUGCUGCCCCUAGGGAGGCGCUACAUUGUACAUGUUGCAACAUUGAAGGGAAUAUCCCAUAAAGAGAGAAGGAUUACAUCUGCAAAAAUGGUCGAGGCUUUCUGCGCAACAUGGACACUGGUGGAGAGUCGGAACUUUGAUGACUACAUGAAGGCACUAGGAAUUCCUUUUGCCACAAGACAAGUGGGCAAUGUUACCAAACCAGCAACAAUAAUCAGCAUGGACGGGGACAGAGUGGUGGUUAAAACCCAGAGCAGAUUCAGGGCCACUGAAGUCUCGGGCAAACUUGGAGAGGAGUUUGACGAGACUACAUCUGACGACCGAAAAGUAAAGUCUACCUUUACCAUGGAGGGAGACAAAUUGGUGCAUACACAGAAGUGGGAUGGGAAAGAGACCAGAUUGAUUAGAGAAAUCAGGAAUGGAAAGAUGGUGAUGACGUUAACCUUUCAGGGAGUCAAAGCAAUCCGCACAUAUGAGAAGGCCUAAAGUUUAAGGAAGGCGGACACCAUUUAUCCCAGCACAAUGGGUUCUUCGGACACGACGGCGUAGAGCUGCACCAGUUUAUCGUGUCGGAGCUUCUUCAUGAUCUGAGCCUCCUCCAGGAAGGACUCGGGCGACAUGGUGCCAGGCUUCAAGGUCUUCACUGCCACCUUCGUGGUGCCGUUCCAUGUGCCUGAUGAAAAAA